AUUCUGAUUCUUUAUUUCCCAAAUUCAUCGUACAUUGGAAUACAAUGCAUAGCCUUAAUGAUUGUUAUUUUACUGUUUUCAAAUCAUUCAUUAAAAUGCGUAUUUUGUGUAUUUUAGUAUGUUGUAAAUACUUUACUUUAAUAUCGACGUAUAGUAAUCAUUUAUUUACAAUAAAGGAUCUGUAUUAUAAAAUCAGAGAUGGUAACUGUGGAGGUUUUGAUAACCCUCCCCCAGUGGUGUAUUACAACAAGAAACUGAAGCAUAUUAGCUACUGGCAGCCCAGUACGACGUCCCCUGUUACUCCAGGGCUCAGCGUAACAUUCAGGACUAUUGGCGUAACCACUGUCACUGAAAAAGAUGCAAUGAUAUCGUUUCAAAAAAUGUUAAAUAAGCUACUUUUCGGUCACAAGGUAGAAGACGACAGAGAUUUAAAAAAAAUGUCCUCACAAAAUACUGGCGUAGAUAUCCUCGCGCAUUUUCCGUCUGGGAAUAUUAACAGAGUGGAAUUAUUUUUAAAUAAAAGUGCUGUACACCUACCAUUAGCUGAGUUCAUCCAUCGCGGCCAUUGUUUCCUCGACGUCACCAACGACUACAUGCAAACCGCUGUGAAUGCUCUCGCCAUCUUCCUUUGGGGGAAUAUAGAAGACAUCCUCCGCCUACCGUCAUCGUACGUAUUGCGAUCCGCUCGCACUAUAGCAAUGAUGAACAUAGCUCGAGAGAAGCUAGCAGCGACAUGGAUGGUAGUAAAAGGUCGUCGUCAUCCCUCCACCAUCUCGUAUCAGACUUUAGAAAUGUACCGCCCGCUCUUCAAAUACUUAAAUGGCAAGGAAAUGUCACGAUUAAACCUAAGCGAUGAGAGGAUAUUGUAUUAUCUUGGUACACAUGCUGAUCUUAAUAGACAUCAGGUCGGAGUGAUAGCUCAUCGGUACUUAGAGCUCAAUCCUAAUUGGAAACAGCCAAGAUAUUUAAAUCUGAUGAACAACUUAAUAUGUGGCGUGCCCAUGAUAUUUAUGAGAAAAUCUCCUGAGAAUACUUAUCUACAAUUAUCACACCAGUUGUUCUAUCACAUACAUGCCUGCGAUCCGUUACAGCGACGGUUUUAUUUGACUAGAAUGACAAAAACUCAGACACUUGGCAAGUCGUACAGUUGGAGCGCUCGCGACGUGUCGCGAUUGGGGUUGUUACUGACGGAAGUCGAAGGCCCUGAGCUCAGUCUCAUAAACCCUGAAGCUAUGUCCGGCAUUUCAGCACAAGUGAUGCUAGAGAUACCGGCAAGCAACAUGAAGUAUAUCACAGACACACAGCUACGAUAUCUCGACCAGAAAUCAUACAACAUCCUCGCGAGAAAACUGAAGACCUACAAAGACGAACAGCAAAUAUUUAACAGAGCUGGAAGGGUUACUCUAUGUAACUUUUUAAUGUUAUUGAUUAAAACUACGUUAUAGA